GGAGUUCCCGCUCAGCGAGAUAGAUUCCGUGCCCGAGGGCGAACUGCCCUUCAUGUGCUGGCCUCCCCCACGCACGGAGCGCGAGCGCGUCUCAGAGGAGCUGUUGGUCAACGCCAUCCAGGACUGCGGCACCUCAGAAGGCCAGGUCGACCCUCCCCCGCAGCCCAGCCCGCCCCAGCCGGCGCCGGCGCUGACCCUGCCCGCCUCCAAGGAACUGCCCCCGCAGCCUCCUAUGCCACCUCUGGAGUGGCCUGAGCUAGAGCCCUUUUCAGGCGACCCGGUCUACCUGCCUGAAUUCCUGAUGCGGCUAGAGACCUUCAUAGCCGACCACGAGGAUCAUUUCCCUGGGGGUGCUGAGCAGGUGGCCUUUCUGAUUUCCUUUUUCGCUGGUGACGCCAAGGACUGGGCCGUCUCAGUCACCCAGGAAGGAAGCCCCCUGCAUGCCAACAUCCCGCACUUCCUGGAUGAAAUCCGUAAGGAAUUCUAUGGCCCCAUCCCCCCAAGUGUGGCGAAAAAGGCCAUCCGCAAGCUUACGCAGGGAAACUGUAUCCUAGGCAGCUAUGCAGAUGCUUUUCAGUUCCUGGCCCAAUUCUUAUCUUGGCAUGACUGCCGCCCUCAAAACCAGUUCCUCAAAGGCCUUUCAGAAUUCUUCCGCAAGGAGCUCUUAUGGUCAACUGAAAUGGCUGAUCUGGAUGAGCUGAUUCUUGAAUGUGUGGAGAUAGAAAGAAAAGUGUGUGUCCCUAAGCCAAUCCCAUUCCCUGGGAUUCGCAAUAUCUUCUUCCCUUUUGCUGCAGACCCUAAUGUCGAGGGCAGUGGAGAAGAGCGCUACAGUGAGGAUGAAGAUGCAGAGGUGCACAGGCGCAGGCUUCACAAGGACCAGCCGAGGUGUGUGAGAGCUAUUCAGCAAGAGAUGAGGGAGCAGGAGGAAAAGAGGAAAAAGGAGGAAGAGAUGUGGAAGGAGGAGGAGAUAAAACAGAACCAGGAGGAGGACAACAACAAUGAAGACGAGAUCGUGGUGGAUGAUAUAGAUGAGAAAGAGGAAGAAAUGAGGAAUAAUGAGGGUGAGAAAAAGGAUGAGGAUAAGGGCCAGGAACCAGGGCAGGAGCCAGAGCAGGAGCCAGAACCCGAGGAAGAGACAGAGGAUGAGGCCCAGGAUGAUGACCUAGAUGAGUUCAUGGACGUGAUGCCGACCUAUGCCAAUGCUUCAUCCCAGACUUCUGGCUUCUAUUAUGAAAAUUUCCUAUAUACAUCACCUCCCAUAAUACAGGCCAGCAGACGGAGGAACCAGAAUCGAGUCCCACUGCUGGAGGGCCUUCCUGCUAUUUCCUCAGGAUAGAGUUCCAGAAGGGGAACUACUGUUCUUCGAGGCUGUGGACCCUUUUUGCUGAUGGUCAACACAAUGGCCCUACUGCUCAUGUCCCUGCCAGAGAAGUGCAAAGGACAGGUGCCUUGCACCCCCACCUCCAGUGACUCCUCAGCACAGGCUCUGACUGUUCCUAUGGUACUUCUCACCCUGAGACCUUGUAGCCUUAGCCGGGAAAAGAGUGGGUGAGCAGUGAGCUGGUUCCUGGGCCUCUGAAGGCAAGGGGACCUGGGUUACCCUUUGACCCUCUUCCCCCCUUUCCCAGGUAUUUAAUAUUUGUUGUGAUGUGAUAGCCAAAGAACUGUAAGAGAAACUAUGGCUUAUGGGCACUUUCUUGGGUUGAAAACGGGGUGGGGAAAACACAUGCAGGGGUAUGAAAGCAGCCCAAGGAUUCCCAGAGACUGGGGAGAAAAUGGGUUGGAAAUAAAUGUGUUAUUGUUGCAUUACUGUGUUGUGAAGAUAAGAAAUCAUUCUAUAUGCUAAAGCUUUCUCCUCAAUAAAAAUAUAAACGGUGUGUAAAGACA